AUGAUACGGGCUAUGCUUCGAGAUGUUUUUGGCGACGAUAGAGGGCAGGUCACAAAAGAAUAUAAAGACUUCAGCUUCAAACUUGCAAUGCAUUUCACAUCUAAAGGUGGAAAGAAAGGUUGCAUUUUCUCUCCAAAACACUUGAAUAAUGGAGCUUGGAGCAUGAAAAUAUUGUCUGAGAGUACUCGAAUGCCGAAGUAUGACCUCAACACACUUAAGUCUUUAGAUGCUGAGGUUCCACUUGAUCUCAACCUGCUACUCAACCUGAAUGCUCAACUUCAAAUGCAUAACCUGAUGCUAGGCCUAGACGCACAACAUCAACUGUGCAACCUGAAUGCUCAACAUCAACCACACAACAUGAUGCUCAUCCUGGAUGCUCAACAUCAACCGCGCAACCUGAUGCUUAGCCUGAGUGCUCAACUUCAACUGUUCAAUCCGGAGGUUCAACAUGAGUUGCGCAACCUGAAGCUCAACCUAGACACUCAAGUUCAACUAUGA